AUGAACAAGACAAAGUACUCGCAGCUUCGAAAUUCUGAGGAUUGGGGGACCGAGGGAGGUGUUUCUUCUAGUGACAGUCAAGACCUCAAGCCACCGAGAUUCACGAGGCGACUACAGCACACCAUAUUGUAUUCGCUGUUAAUCACAACCAACAUUGUGUUUUUGAGUCUCUGGCUCACGGCCAAAGAGAAGAAUGGCACAGAUUACAGCAGUUGUGUCAGACCUCAAUUGACCUUCUCACCUGCUACCGAAGCGAUUCGCUACGAAAAGAAACGUUUAUGGCGGGACAUUGAUGGCCCAAACCCAUUCACAGGCGUGCCUCGUCCGGAGCUGGAUAAGGCCUGGCACGAUCUUCUUGAACCCAUGACCAUCAAGGUUACCGCGGAGGAAUUGGAGAAGUUCUCUGAAGGCGACACAUCAAUCGCUCUGAGAGAUGGCUCAGGAUACAUAGCUGAAAUGGCUGCCUAUCACGAACUUCACUGCAACAAACGUAUCCGCCGAUAUAUUUUCUUCGACUAUUACUACCAUAAUCUUACUGAGGAAGAACAAAGGACGGAAGAUACCCAUAUCGAUCACUGUCUGGAGUACUGGCGCGAGUCUGUCAUGUGCAGGGGAGAUACCACCAUGGGAACGUUCUACUGGCGUGAGAGUGAUGGAUAUCCGACUUCAAGGGUAUACACGGAUAACGAAUGUGUGGACUGGACAGCAUUUGAUACGUGGUCGAGGAAGAGGAUGGUAGAUAUGAGUGAUCGCUCUAUCCUUGAAGAUUCGCCAUUCGGAAACUAG